AUGGCGGAGAUUGGAGCAAUUGGUUGUGGCUGUCGCGGAGUUUCAGGCGGUAAUUUCUUCCAUCCCGGCGGAUUUUCAUUGAAAUCUUGUUUCCUCGAGCAGAGAACGAGGCGUAAUCGCAACUAUUUCCGAAACGUUUCUAUGAUUCCUCCUUUCAAACGCGGCCGACUCAUCACGAAAUGGCGUUCCGUCGCCGGAAACAGCCGAAUCUUUAGCAUGGAUGCUAGAGAGAAAUCACGAUCAUUUGUGUUGGUUUCGUCAAGGCACAAGAGAGUUCCUGUUUACGUGAUGAUGCCAAUUGAUACAUUUGGAAUCGAUGCUUCUGGGUGUCCAAGGAUUAAAAGGCUCAAGGCUUUAACUGUGUCUCUUAAGGCACUCAAGUUAGCAGGUGUUCAUGGAGUUGCAGUUGAGGUUUGGUGGGGAAUUGUAGAGCGCUUUUGUCCUCUUGAGUUUAAAUGGUCAUUGUAUGAAGAGCUCUUUAGACUGAUUACUGAGGCAGGGUUGAAGUUACACGUUGCUCUUUGUUUUCAUUCAAAUAUGCAUUUGUUUGGUGGGAAAGGAGGCAUCAGUCUUCCACUCUGGAUCAGAGAGAUUGGAGACGUCAAUAAGGAUAUAUACUAUAGAGAUAAAAACGGAUUCUCCAACAAUGACUAUCUCACACUUGGAGUUGAUCAGCUUCCUUUGUUUAGGGGCCGUACUGCUGUCCAAUGCUAUGAAGAUUUUAUGCUCAGUUUUUCUACAAACUUUGAACCAUAUUUUGGGAAUGUGAUUGAAGAAAUAAGUAUAGGUCUUGGUCCUUCGGGGGAGCUAAGAUAUCCUGCACAUCCUUCUGGAGAUGGGAGAUGGAAAUUUCCUGGAAUUGGUGAAUUUCAAUGCCAUGACAAGUACAUGAUGGAAGACUUGAUGGCAGUGGCAUCCCAAGAGGGCAAACCUCAAUGGGGAGGCAGAGAUCCUCCAAAUGCCGGCUGCUAUAAUAGCUUUCCAUCUGGAGUUCCAUUCUUUGAGGAGGGAAAUGAUAGCUUUCUCUCUGAUUAUGGUCGUUUCUUUCUUGAAUGGUAUAGUGGGAAGUUGAUUUGUCAUGCUGAUGCUAUUCUUGCAAAGGCAGCUGAAGUUUUGCGGAGACGUCAGGAAGAGGAGAAAAGCUCUGUAAUGUUGGUUGCAAGAAUUGGUGGAAUCUAUUGGUGGUAUAAGACAUCGUCACACCCCGCUGAACUAACUGCAGGUUAUUACAAUACUGCUCUCAGGGAUGGUUAUGAUCCUGUCGCUUCUGUCUUGUCUCGCCAUGGUGCUGCUCUGCAUAUCCCCUGUUUGGAUAUGGCGGACAGUGAAACACCUGAGAAGUAUCUUUGCAGCCCUGAAGGAUUGCUCAGACAGAUACACGAUGUUUCGAAGAAGUGGACAAUACAUGUGACGGGUAGAAACACAAGCGAACGAUUUGAUGAGAUGGGACUAAGGCAAAUACGAGAGAAUUGUGUGCAACCGAAUGGGGACACUGUAAGAUCUUUUACAUUUUUCAGAAUGAACGAGAAGAUCUUUAGGGUCGAGAACUGGAACAACUUUGUCCCUUUCAUUAGGCAGAUGAGUGCGGAUGUGUAA